ACAUUUACGCAUACUGCUAAGUGUAGUGUGUGAGCAGCAUUACACGCCGGUUACAGCACAACUGUACAAAUUUCUAUUAAGUAUAGCUGUAAAUUUAGUGUUUCAGAGUUAGUUUAAAUGCCGAACAACAGAUAAAACUGAGUAGCUGAAUGACAAAACGGAAAAGUGAAAACAUGGAGACUCAGUGAGGCUAAAUGCCACCGAAUAGCCCUGGAAACACGUCUCCACAUUAGGAGUAAUUCACUAAAAGUCUCAUUAUAGUACAGAGGAGUCCAGCAGCCAUGGCAGGCAAGGGUCGUGGAGUGGCUGCCUUCACCUUCAAUAUUGAGGCUCUGGGCAUCGGCAGGGGCAGCAUGCCAGAAGCCAGGGUGGGGCCCAGCCCUCUGUUUCCCAACACAGACUUUAAGCCUGUGCCACUGAAAGCUGGCGAGGAUGAGGACUACAUGCUGGCCUUAAAACAGGAGAUGAGGGGAGCGAUGCAGCGGCGGCCACACAACAUCAAGCCCCUGUCCAAUAAAGCAGAGGUGGAGAGAUACGCAGAGAGAUACCUGAAGCUACGUCAGAUAGAGGAUGAAGACUGGACUCCAGACUGGAACCACCUCCCAAAAGAAUUGAUGCCCCAAACUAAAAAACCUCGUGCUAAACCAGGCACAAAGAAGAAAGCUGUGAAGAUAUCCCGCAAAGAAACAGAAGCUGUACUGAGUAAAUUAGAUGAACUGGCAAAGAGGGAUGACGGGAACCCUGAAAAAUCAGAUGAUGAGACUGAAAAGAAAAAAGGAAAUGAGGAGGAUGAGGAAGAAAUUGAGGCAGAAGAGUACGAUGAAGAGGAUGUUGAAGAGGAAAACGACUACAUUGACAGCUAUUUUGACAAUGGUGAAGAUUUUGCUGCAGAUAGCGAUGACAACAUGGAUGGCGAAGCAACAUACUGAGACAGUGUUGACGUAAACCGUCAUGAUGUACUUAUUUAUAUCGCUUAAUUAUUGUAGAUAAGUUGUCUAGCAGAGUGAUAGUUUUGUUUGCUUUAUUUUGGGGUGAUCUUGAAAGACAUGUUUUCCUUUUAUACCUUAUGUAAAUAAGAGAUGCCAAACUGUGUGCACACUGGCAAUAAUUUAUUCAAAAUAGAUGUAUUUAUUUUCCAGCCUGGGGCACGUUUCCACAGGUUGAAAGGCACAUACUGUCAACAACAUGUGAUGCAUUUUCAUAAAGUAUCAAGUGAACACGGUGAUAAAAUAAAAGGGCUAUAUAACAAAGUCUAAAAUCUCACAUAAUUACAAGUAUAAGUCAUAAUGGGAAUAAUGUGCAUUUCCCAUUUUCAUCACCAUGCUCUCAGAGGUUUUUUUAAAUGACAAAAUAAUGCAGGUCUCUCUAAGCAAGCUAAAGGAAAGAAAAAAGAUUCCCAAUACUGAUAGUGUAAGUAAAGGCUAUUCCUCAAUAGUCUUAAAAUAAAUUAAUUCUAUAUUAAACUCAAUGGCAUUAAUCGUACUUUUCCAACAAAUAGUGUGGAAAAUACACAAAAAUGCAGUUGGUCCAAACUGAGUAAAACCUGCUUUAAAACCAAAUCCACAUAAUUAAUCUCUGCCAUCAAUGAAUAAACAGAAAUAGAUAA